GUGUGCAUCUGACAUUGGGAAAUUAAUUGUUGUCUCCACCUAGUGGCGCAUUUCAAGCCUCCUUUCUUCCCCGUCUUUCACUCUCCACUUUAUCUUGACACAGAUAACACGCACACUCACGGGCUCAGAGAAUAAGAGGAAGAAAGAGCGUAGGCGACGUGUUCAGAAUAUUAACAGAAGCGAGUUUGUCAAAAUGCACAUUACUGCGCCCAAUUAACUGUUUGUUUUAUGAAUAUAAUAUGACGAAUGUCGAUUUCCAUUUCUCCCCACGCGAUGAUUAACCUCUUUUUUUCCGGCACAACGUUAGUUAAUCAGGACCCUUGUCAUCUUUUACUGACGCUCGUGCCUACAGCACAUGGGGGACAAUAUAACAUUUUUAUCAUUGUGUGUACGCGUGUGUAUGCCUCUCUUUUAUUUCUUCUCACAUUGCCACAGAGGAUUUGCGUUUGAACUGCGUCACCUAUCAUUCUUACUUCCGAUCACUCAUUCUCCUUCGCACUUGCUUUUUAUUUGUUUGCCAAUUUAGCAAGGAGAUUGAGUUGGAAGUAACCAGCCCGCCUUUUUGGAAUUAACACAUUUACAUGUAUCCCACAACCAACAAAACAUAACCCGCGCGCGUGCGAACCUCUUUUUGCCCUCUAAUUUGGUCUUUAUCACGCUUGACUUGUGCCGUACUGAUUUCUUAUUUUGCAUUGGCGUGUUGGUGAUCGGACUUAAUGUUCUUGCUUAGUAGAGUCUAUACAAAUCUUAAUAUGGAUUUAAAAGAAGCCGUGUGCCAACGUUAGUUAAAAGAUUCUCAUUGCUAGAGACACGCCUCCGUUUUUUUCUUUGAGAAAAUGGCUCAACUUAACCACAAUACUCCUGGACGUUCUGAAGGAGGAGAAAAUGUAACAAUGCACCACGCUUUCCUAACUAUGCACAAACUAUUUUUCUAAUUCGCACGAGGCACAUGAAGGACACGAAUCGAUUAUUCUUGAAUUUUACAGAUGCAGACUUCAGUUACCUUUUUCGAAGGAAAGAGGAGUAAAAACCUGUAUUUCCCGCAGCCUUUGAAGAGGUGAUGUCUGAUUCACUGAGAGUGGAGUAAUAUUGCGCUCUCCAGACAGCAGCUCGCUGCCUUCAGUUUUUAAACCAUAAUGUGGAUCAUCCACCACGAUCCUUCUGAUGUAACUAAGAAGAAAAAAGAAAGAGCGAGGCAUGAUCUUUGUUGACAAUGCGUAACUAGCGUUAAAGCGUCGAGUGUAAUUAGGUUUCCCUUGAACUUGUUGCAGCUUUCCUGAAACCGAAACAAUUUUCGGCAGCUUUGGAUUAAAAGCAACCUCCAUCGUCCAGAAUCUCUUGAAAAUAUAAUUAAUACAAGGAAGGACGGUGAAUACUGUUGGAAAUUUUUUUUCUCUAUGCGUCCUGUUCACAUGAAUGGACAUUAUGCAGUGAUGUCCCAACAUCGAAACCCUGAAUUUGCGUAAUUGUGCAAGAACAGCCUUCUGCGUUGCCUUAACUGGUGUACGGUGUAGACCAGCAGAUCGGAAUGGCUGCGGGAGUAGCUGCUUGGCUUCCGUUCGCCCGUGCGGCGGCUAUAGGAUGGAUGCCCGUGGCCAGUGCCCCGAUGCCAGCACCCCCCAGAGACAAAAGGAGAACCCAGGACGGCUUGAUCAUUUUGAAUGUAAGUGGGACCAAGUUUCAAACCUGGAGGAAUACUUUGGAAAGGUAUCCAGACACUCUGCUGGGAAGCACGGAACGAGAUUUCUUUUUUAACGAAGAAACAAAUGAGUAUUUCUUUGACCGGGACCCUGACAUCUUUAGGCAUAUACUUAAUUUUUACCGUACAGGUAAACUUCACUACCCGAGACACGAAUGCAUUUCGGCAUAUGACGAGGAGCUAUCUUUUUUUGGUAUAAUCCCCGAGAUCAUAGGUGAUUGUUGUUACGAAGAGUACAAGGACCGCAGGCGAGAAAAUGCCGAAAGACUCCAGGAUGACGCCGAUACGGAGAAUAAUAACGAUGGAGUUUUGCCGGACAUGACCCUCCGCCAGACUAUGUGGCGUGCUUUUGAAAAUCCACAUACCAGCACAUUGGCGCUAGUGUUCUAUUAUGUUACUGGCUUUUUCAUUGCUGUUUCUGUUAUAGCCAAUGUGGUAGAAACUGUACCGUGCGGGACAUCUCCUGGAAGAGUCAAAGACUUGCCAUGUGGGGAGCGCUACGCCUUGGCUUUCUUCUGUUUGGAUACAGCCUGCGUGAUGAUAUUUACUAUCGAAUACUUGCUACGUUUGAUAGCAGCUCCCAGUCGUUAUAAAUUUGUUCGAAGUGUGAUGAGCAUAAUUGAUGUCGUUGCCAUCAUGCCCUAUUAUAUUGGUUUGGUGAUGACUGAUAAUGAGGACGUAAGUGGCGCUUUUGUAACCCUAAGAGUAUUCAGGGUGUUUCGAAUUUUCAAGUUUUCUCGCCAUUCACAGGGGCUGCGCAUCCUGGGCUACACUUUAAAGAGCUGCGCUUCUGAGCUGGGAUUCUUGCUCUUCUCACUCACUAUGGCCAUUAUCAUAUUUGCUACGGUUAUGUUCUACGCCGAGAAAGGCUCCACUGCCAGCAAAUUCACAAGUAUUCCUGCGGCUUUCUGGUACACUAUCGUUACUAUGACGACACUCGGGUAUGGUGAUAUGGUGCCCAAGACGAUAGCGGGAAAAAUCUUUGGCUCAAUCUGCUCUCUGAGUGGUGUCUUAGUUAUUGCCUUGCCAGUUCCUGUUAUUGUCUCCAACUUCAGUCGAAUAUAUCAUCAGAAUCAAAGAGCCGACAAACGCAAGGCUCAGAAGAAAGCCAGACUUGCUAGAAUUCGAGUGGCGAAGAGUGGAAGUGCUAAUGCUUAUAUUCAAAGCAAACGCAAUGGCUUGCUGAGCGAUUCACUUGAGCAGGCAUCAAAGGAAGCAGGACAGGCUUUGGUUAGCAAAACAAGCUCUUCCUUUGAAAGACAGCAUCAUCACUUACUGCACUGCCUGGAGAAAACAACGAAUCAUGAAUUUGUGGAUGAACAGACAUAUGAGAUGAGCUGCAUGGAGGUCUCUACUGUGAACCAGUCAGGAUCCAGGAGUUCAUCAAUUUCUUCUCAGCAUGGUCUCACAGCAACUUGCUGCUCUCGAAGGAACAAAAAGACCUUCCGCCUUCCAAACUCAAACAUGUCUGGCAGCCGUCCUGGAAGUGUGCAAGAGCUUAGCACUAUACAGAUCCGGGAGAGGCCACCUUUGUCUAAUAGUCGAUCCAGUUUGAACGCGAAGAUUGAAGACACAGCCCAGUUAAACUGUGACCAGCCGUAUGUCACGGCAGCAAUAAUUAGCAUUCCAACUCCUCCCGUGACCACACCUGAAGAGGACACAUCACAGUCUCCAGACUACUCCCAGAGCAACAUUGUAAAAGUGUCCGCUUUAUAAACUUGGUCAUUGGUGCACUGCAAGGACUCUAAGCUUACCAAUGCUCUGGUUCUGUCCAGUUUUAAUGUGACAGUGGAAAGGUUGGUUGAAGAAGUGAGGAAGAUGCUAAGACUUUUUAUUUAGAAAAUGCUUGUCCAGGCAGAGAGUUAAUUUAUUUAGAAAGUAAAUAUUUGUCUGUUAAAUUUUAAUUUGUUUCAUUUAUGUCUAAGAGGUAACAUCUCUGUAGUUAAAACAAGUUCUCCAUAUCUGAAAAAAUGUGAACAAUGAAGCUUUCUGCAUUUAUGUUAACUGAACUUACAAGAAUCAAGUCUUAAGUAACAAGAGCAUUAGUAAAGCCAACAUAAAUUAGGAAAACAAGUGUAAGGUUUUAAAAUAUCUACAAUGGUAAUCAUCAGAUAAAGUGAACCAUUUAGCACACUCUUGGACUUUACAGCAAUGAUCACCCUUGUGCGUGCUUUGUGUGGAACCUGAGAGAGUAACUCCUUCUAGAAAGACAUGAUCCAUCCAGGUUUGAUGAUAAGCUAUUUUGUGCCAUUACCAAAUUCUGUUAAGGUUAAUUGUUACUGGCUUAGGUGCACUUUUUUCAUGUUGUAUAUAUGUAAUUCUUACAUUCAGUAGUUCUCAGAAAACCAAGCUGAAAGCUACCAGAUACUUUUUAAACUACAUAUUGACCCCUUCAGUUCUAAAUGGGGAAACAUCUCAAUGAAAUGGCACCAGUUUUCCAUUUUUGUAUUGGAUUGUCUUCAAAUGUUUGCCAACACGCCUUUUCAAAAGAUAACCAAUUUAGUUGGUAUCAAAGAAAAUGGAGUGAAACAAUUGUAUGUUUUAAUGUCUGCUGUUUGUUGAAGCUGAAGUAUUGAGUCAAACAGCUAGGGUGAGGCGAAACCACAAAAAGUAACUUUUGCAUGUACUGUAAACGUGUUCUGUUCCAGACAGUAAAAAAAAAA